CCUUCAAAACAAUACUAGUUUUUGGGCACUUAGUACAUGGAUAUGGCAGAAGAUGGUCUGUCCAAGAAGGUCUCAUCACUGCUUGAGAAGAAAGAUGCUGCCAAUGAAGACCCAACUGCCAUAAGGAAAGAAGUAGAGGAAACCAACUCCACGCAGGUGGACAAGAUGGAAACAUUGGCUUCUCAAGAACCAAGGGAGUACAUGUCACAAAAUAAGACCACACUGGCCAGCAUGGUGAAAGAAAAAAUUAGGAAGAUCCUGGGGAAAGCUAAGCCCAGGAAGAAGAGAACUACGAAGUAUCCAAUCAUAGGAGCUGUACUCAAAUUUCAUAAAGAUGAUGAUGUGUAUCCUGCAGAUUCUGGACUGCAACAGCUGCACAACAAAGAGAUGUAGAGAUUUAUCAUGAAUGCACCUCAUGCCAAGAUAUCUACCUUAGUUAUCUAUUAAUUUGCUAGUACCUAUUGUCAGCUCAAGCUAUCUGUCUUUACAUUAUAUUGUGUCAUCAUGUCGGUCUGCUA